AGAUUCGAAGCAGAACAUCCGUGUUUUUACCAUCCGUGACGUGGAUCCUGUUGUGUAUAGGUAAAGUUGUGUGAUGGAGCUUUGGAUUACUGUAACUGUGCUAUCUUCUAUGUUUGAAUAAAAGCGGGCAUUAACCGGAGGAGCAACCAGGAAGACCUUCGACUCACUUCCGCUUUUCCGUUCGGAAUUCAUGCCGGAGAUUAUCUGGAGUGAAAUUAAUUUAAAACACCAUGGCUAAAGGCAGUGAGACCGAAGCAGAACCUCGGGUUUACGGUUUUACCCGAACUGUCUCAGCAUGGUUGGCUCACAUCAUCUCUGUUGUCUUUUCUGUGUUUGUGGCGUUUCUAUCUCGACCAGGAACAAGUUGGUUUUCAUGGCACCCUUUUCUGAUGACCCUAGCUUUUGGCUUCUUCAUGACUGAAGGUAUCCUCGUCUUCUCGCCCCAUGGCUCCCUCAUCCAAAAGUAUUCACACAAGACCAAAAGCCGUGUUCAUCUGGUCCUGCAGAGCCUCUGUGCUUCCUGUGCAGUUUUGGGCCUGGCUGCCAUCUUUUACAACAAACACCUGAGCGACAAACCCCACUUCACCUCGUGGCACGGUCUACUGGGCCUGCUCACGGUCUGCGUGGUUGGUGUACAGUCUCUAGCAGCUGCUCCUCUCAAUUACCCAUUUCUGGCCAAAGGCUGGUCCCUCGCCAAACUCAAACGCUACCACGCAGCAUCCGGACUCGUCGUUUACCUGCUGGGCAGCACCAGCCUGCUGCUUGGGCUGUGCUCUGCCUGGUUCACUGCUACAGUCAGGGAAUACACCUGGUACCUGUCAGCGCUCUGCCCUGUUAUCUGUGCUGUCCUCAUUAUGAACCAAGUUUCCAGCGCUUACGUUGCUAAAAAACGACUGCAGUCCUGACAGAAAGCAAAUUCAUUUAAAAAUUUUAAAUUGUGUUUUAAUGUUUUUACAGAUCAUACUAUAGCAUUUCCUGAAUAAAUCAUUCACACUGCAA